AUGAAAGCCAUUCAGAUCAACAAGCUAGCAAACGCCGCCCCGAAGUUAUCACUUAUUACGAAACCCCAACCUAGAGCGCAACCAGGAUUUGCCCUCGUCAAGGUUAGCUUCUCUGCAAUUCUGCCUUCUGAUCGCCUGAAUGCGAAGGGACUAUUCCCAUAUACUUCAUUCCCACGCACACCCGGGCGUGACUAUUCUGGCGUCGUUGUCGAGGUUGAACCGUCAUCUACCUACUCUGGUUGGGUUGGAGAGGAGGUCUACGGAACCAGCGACUCAGAGCUUGGAUUCACGCUCGAUGGUCCCCACGCGGAGUACUGCCUCAUCCCUGAGGAAAUGCUAGCCAAGAAACCCACCCGGUUGUCACGCAUUCAAGCAGCCACUGUUGGUGUCCCUUUCACCACGGCGCGGAGAUGCCUACAACGAGGUCGUGUCGGCAAAGAAGACACGGUGUUGGUGCUUGGGUUCACAGGGACGGUCGGAUCCGCGGCAGCCCAGGUAGCCAAGGCCAUGGGCUGCAAGCGUGUCUUCCGAGCGUCUCGCAAUCCAGAGGAUGAGCCGGAUGUCCUCCUUCCCGGGAAAAUUGCCGCAGCUAGCAUCCAGAAGCAAGUCUAUAAGUUGAACGACGGCAAGGGUGUGGAUGUCGUUGUUGACACCGUGGGCCAGAUCUCGCUGAUGAAAGCGGCGGUCGAGGCUCUCGCUGUUCGUGGACGUUAUGCGUGGAUUGCUGCCCCUCGAGAUGGCAGCUCGCCCGAGUUUCCGUUGGACAUCUUUCAAGCAUACCGGAAGGAGAUUGAGCUCAUUGGGUGCAAUACUGCGAUAAAAUCCAAGGCUGAUGUAGCGGAGGAGAUGGAAACAUUGGCUGAAUGGUUCAAUACUGGAUUGCUGAAGACAUCUGACGAGGAGGAUGUGGAAUUGGUGAGUUUAGAUGAGGCGAUUCAGACGAGCUACGAAAGACGUGGGCUGAAGAAGCACACCCUGAUUAGAAUGGGAUAA